GGAAAAUGCAGUUUUUAUUAGUUUCCCGAAAGUUGACAUUGUUGGACUCCCUUUUAACAUUCAUUGAUUCAAUUUUUUUAAAAGCUUUGUCAUCAUAUAAUCCAACAAGUUAAAACAUGUAACAGCAACAAUGAGAUGUGUUUUUAAUAUAUUUUUUGUAUUCCGUGCAAUCUUUAAACAGUAUAUAUUUCAAUCAAGUUGCAUUUUUAUAAAUGGACAAUAAAAAUCAAUAUUUCACAGAACAAACAGAAACUCUAAAAUCUACGAACAAUAAAAUUAAAAAAGAUGUAAUACACGAAAAUAUUUGCGAAGUUUUUCUGAACAACCUUCAACAACCAGAUUCCUAUUUUGAAAGCUUAUUUGUUGAAAGCGACAAUAUACAUUCAAAAAACGACGUUAUACAUUCAAAAAGCGAAGUUAUACAUUCAAAAAGCGAUGCUAUACAUUCAGACGUUAUGCAUUUAAAACCAGUCAUAACCCAAGUAAACAGUUCGCCCUUUUCAGUUUCAAAAAUUAAUUUAAACUUGAGCAAUCUAGUCUCUUUGGAAGAAAUAAAAAACUCUAACUUGAAAAAAUCCAAUAGUAAAGAAAAUGAAAUUCAAUUUAAACUAUUAUCGAAAGAAAUUGAACAAAUAAAACUUUUACUUAAUGAACUCUUCUCCGAAAGAAAUAAAGAAAUUGUAACUACACGAGAUGUCGGAACUAUAACCGUCGAUCAAGUAAAAGAUACAAAAACUCGCAUCAAAAUAAAUAUUGGCGGUGUUACUCACGAGACGUAUCGCAGCACUUUAAAAAACAUUCCUGACACAAGACUUAGUUGGAUUGCUGAAGAAAGCGCAAUUCAGUCACCAGAGUACGAUCCUGUUGCAGGUGAAUUUUUUGUGGAUAGAAACUCUCAUGUUUUUUCUCAUAUUUUAAACUAUUACAGGACAGGGUAUUUGCAUGUACCUUACGAUGUUUGCGGACCACUCUAUGAAGAAGAGUUGCAAUACUGGGGUAUAGAUGACUCUCAAAUUGAACCUUGUUGCUGGCUUAACUAUAGACAACAUAGAGAUGCACAGGAGACAUUAAAAGAAUUUCAAGGUUUAGACAUUGAAGAUAAUUGCGACGAUGAGUUUGAAUUCGAUCUUGUACGUCAUGGUUACAAAUUUGAAGAAUCAACAGGAAUUAAUCAAAGUUUAUCCAUUUUUCAGAAAUGGCAGCCGUUUAUGUGGCGCUUUUUUGAAGGUCCUUAUUUAUCAAGAAAAUCAAAGAUGUGCGCUGGAAUAAGUAUUAUUUUAAUAAUAUUUUCGGUUCUGAUGUACUGCAUCGAGACAAUGAAAAUCUUCUCCGAUAAUACGUCAAAAAAUGUGCUGUUGAUCUUAGAAGGCUUAUGCGUUUUGUACUUUACGACAGAAUUUCUACUGAGAUUUUUAUUUUGUCCUAACAAGUUUUCUUUUAUAAAAGGAAUUAUGAAUUGGAUUGAUUUAUUUUCCAUCAUUCCUUUCUAUCUGCAACUCAUUCUCGGAAAUUAUACAAGAAUACACAGUUUUUUGCAAUUGUUACGCAUCAUCAGAGUUUUUCGAAUAAUUAAACUAGCUAAACACAGCAUAGGUUUGCAAAUCCUUGGUCACACGUUAAAAGCAUCGUUCAGACAAUUACUCUUACUAAUAUUUUUUCUUGCAAUCAAUAUUGUUAUUUUUUCAAGUUUAGUUUAUAAUUGUGAAAAAGAUGAACCAGAUACUGGUUUUAAUAGUAUUCCAAGCACAUUUUGGUGGGCUGUUAUAACAAUGACAACUGUUGGUUACGGAGAUAUGGUCCCGAAAACAUGGUUAGGAAAGACAAUUGGUGGACUUUGUGCAGUAAGUGGCGUACUUAUGAUUGCAUUGCCUGUUCCUGUUAUUGUCAACAAUUUUAAUUUGUUUUACUCUCACGCUCAAGCAAGACUAAAACUUCCAAAAAAAAAACGUCGCAUGCUUUGCGGAGCAGCAAAUGUUUUAAAAAGUAAUCGUAUCGCACCACAUCAAACUUUUAGAGAUGAAAAAUUAUUUUCUCAAAUAGAACUACCAUCUUCUGAAGAUGACCACGGAAGUGUAGCUAAAAGUAAAUCGCCGAGUUCAAUAUGUAAGAAACAUUCUAACGUUUUGAAAGACACAAACUGCGUUAAUGCAGAAAAAAAUGAAUUUUAUUCACCAUUAUUUACUUAUCCUCGGUCAACUUUACCAGUAAUUGAGAAUUCCUAAAAUAUUUUUGUAUGAUUUUUUAACCCUAUACUGGAAAGUCAAUUAACUACAAA